GCUUUUCAGGUGGAGUUCAAAGGUAUAGAGAGAGAGAGAGCAGGAAACAACGGGGCCCAAAAAGAGAGGGAAAGAACAGGAAACCAGAGAGCACUAGUUCUAGAGUGAUUGAGCAAUGACGUAUUGAGAGAGAGAGAGAGAGAGAGAGAGAGAGAGAGAGAGAGAGCUGUAUAGAAAUGUAUUAGACUCCAUUUAAUUAGUCAGAUCUCGAUCUCUGAAGUGGCUUCUGCUCAUGGAUAACAGAAACGUGGUCGUAUGUGAUAACGGCACAGGGUAUGUGAAAUGUGGCUUCGCUGGAGAGAAUUUUCCCACUUCUGUGUUCCCAUGUGUAGUGGGCAGGCCCAUGUUACGAUAUGAAGAAUCAUUAACAGAACAGGAAUUGAAGGAUAUUGUUGUUGGGGAAGCUUCUGCAGAACUAAGACACCAGCUUGAUAUAUCUUAUCCUGUGAACAAUGGCAUUGUUCAGAAUUGGGAUGAUAUGGGCUAUGUCUGGGAUCAUGCAUUUUUCAACGAGUUGAAGAUAGACCCAACGGAAUGUAAGAUUUUGCUGACAGAUCCACCUCUUAAUCCUUCAAGAAAUCGAGAGAAAAUGAUUGAAACCAUGUUUGAGAAGUACAGCUUCACAGGUGUCUUUAUCCAAAUCCAGGCUGUUUUGACAUUGUAUGCUCAAGGCUUGCUGACUGGUCUUGUGAUCGAUUCUGGUGAUGGUGUGACUCAUGUGGUGCCUGUUGUUGAUGGGUACUCGUUUCCUCAUCUUACAAAGCGGAUGAAUGUUGCUGGUCGGCACAUAACAUCUUAUCUUGUAGAUCUGCUUCUCCGAAGAGGGUAUGCAAUGAAUAGAACAGCAGACUUUGAGACGGUUAGAGAAAUUAAGGAAAAGCUCUGUUACAUCAGUUAUGAUUACAAACGUGAGUACCAGUUGGGAUUGGAAACAACUAUACUGGUUAAAAAUUACACACUGCCAGAUGGAAGGGUUAUUAAAGUUGGCACUGAGCGGUUUCAGGCACCUGAGGCUCUCUUCACUCCAGAACUCAUUGAUGUUGAAGGUGAUGGAAUGGCUGACAUGGUAUUCCGUUGCAUACAGGAAAUGGAUAUUGACAACCGCAUGAUGCUUUACCAGCACAUCGUUCUGAGUGGAGGAAGCACAAUGUAUCCGGGUUUAUCGAGUCGUUUGGAGAAAGAAAUACUUGACCGUUAUCUUGAAGUUGUACUAAGGGGAAACAGAGACGGCCUUAAGAAGCUGAGGUUAAGAAUUGAAGACCCUCCUCGGAGAAAGCAUAUGGUAUACUUGGGAGGUGCAGUUCUUGCUGGUAUAAUGAAGUCACAUCUUCCACCCAUGCAAUUGACUAAGGAUGCUCCGGAGCUCUGGAUUAGCAGGCAAGAUUACUUAGAAGAGGGAGUUGGGUGCUUAAGAAAGUGUGGACAAUCUUAAAUGUUUGGAUUUGCAGUCACAAGGAAGAUGUGUCCGUGUGUGGCUCAUGCCAACUCAGUGCUAUGAUCCCCCUUAUGAAAUGAAAUUCCAAAUGAUCCCUGAUACAAUAACUGGGUUUGAGAGCGAUUCUUCACUUUGAUUCUAAAUUCAAUUAUUUCAGGUCUAAUGAAUUUGGGCUCCAACUGAAA